GCGGUGCUGGACGCAAGUAGCAUAUGGAUGUUCCAGGAGGAUUUGGACACCAUUCUGUCAGGCAAGCAACUUCAACCCCACGUGGAUUACAAGCUCUGGGCCGACGCGUACUAUUCCUUUCGCGCGUCUCCUCAUGCUCGCAAGUCACUCAACUGGCACGCAAGAUACCUAAACGGUCUCGAGAGCCAUCUAGACAAGGCCCUUUGGCCACCCCUCCCGCCACGCGAAGAGAUAGUGGACCAAACGGGGAAAAGCUAUCCAGAUGGCGUGCAUUACACCUUUAAAGCGCCAGACAUUGCCGCACUGAGGAAAUCACACCCAGACAUACAGCCGCCCGUGGUACUAAAAAGCGCCUUGGCACUGCUCAUCGUCUGGCACACGGGCCACAGCCACGCCCUGUUUGCCAGCUGCGAGGACGGCCGCACCAAGUGGCCCUUUAUGCCACCCAUGCCCAAGGACCAGGCCGGCAUCUUUGCCGACGCCCAGGAGGUCGCGGGCCCCACCAUACAGUUUGUGACAAAUCUCGUACGCAUCAGCCCGGCCGAGACGGUGCUCGGCUUUUUGCGCCGGGUGCAGGACGACCAAGACAACCUGACCAGGCACGCUUUCGCGCCCUGGCCAGAGCUCGAACGCGCCGUCGGCGUGGACGAGAACACCAUCCAGCGCAUCUUCACCACCAUCAAGUUCAACUGGGUUCCGGGCUUCGGGGCCCAGGCGCAAAUGGACCGGGCCAUGGAGCCGUUCCCGAAAUUGCGCAUCCUGGCCGCCGUGGCGCGCUGGCGCAUCGGGUUGCUUUGCCGGCUUGGCUUGGGAGGCACAAACAGCGACGUUGUGGCUAUGCAUCUUAUAGGUGAUGCGUUGAAGGGGGAACAAAAGGCUCGUAUUGCCAAAAGGUAA